AGAGGGGUCUCCCUUAGAGCCUGGCCGGGAGCUCUGCCACAGGGCUGUGUGUGUCUGUGAAUCGGGCCUUCCCGAGGCUCAAGAGUGUUUUGCAGACAUGGCCACCCUGGGCACUCAGUCGGCAGGAUCCUGUUCCUCCAGGAGGCGGGACUUCCUGUUACACCCACAAUACAAGGGUGUGUGAAUCCUGGGUAUUCUGCUAUGAGAGGUAAGGACUUGCUGUAUUGUCAUCAGGGCUGGAGGUGGGACUUCCUGUAUUGUUAUCGAGGCAGGCGGUGGGACUUCGUUACCCAUGCAGGAGGAGGCGGGACUUCCUGUAUCGCCUCAGGAACCUCCUUUGCCCGCAGGCUGUUCCUCCCAGGAGAAGCCAUCCCCCAUGUACGCCGAAGCCUCCACCAUGAAUUUCCGGACGCCUGGCUUCUUCCGGCGCAGCCCGGCCCCCGCGGCGAAGCCGGCCCCCGGGGUCCCCCCACUGUCGGCGCUGGGGGGCAUCGCCCAGAUCUCCCCCUGCCUCUACCUGUGCAGUGGCAACGCGGCCGCCAACCGGCCCCUGGUGUCGGCGCGGGCGGUGACCUGCGUGGUGAACGCCACCAUGGAGAUCCCCAACGCCAACUGGCCCGACAUCGAGUACGUCAAGGUGCCGGUGCCCGACCUGCCCCACGCCCCCCUGGGCCUCUACUUCGACUCGGUGGCCGACCGCAUCCACCAGACGGGCAAGCGCAACGGGCGCACCCUGGUGCACUGCGUGGCGGGCGUGAGCCGCUCGGCCUCGCUCUGCAUCGCCUACCUCAUGAAGUACCACCGGCUCAGCUUGCUGGAUGCCCACCAGUGGGUGAAGAGCCGGCGGCCCGUGGUGCGGCCCAACGUGGGCUUCUGGCGCCAGCUCAUCGAUUACGAGCGCCGGCUCUUCGGCAAGAACACGGUGCGCAUGGUGCCCUCGCCCAUCGGCCCCGUGCCCGACGUCUACGAGAAGGAGACCCGCGGCCUGGUGCCCCUCUGGAGCUACAGAUAGGCGGGCACCGCCCGGUACUUUGCAACCCAGGACAGCUGGACCCGCCCCAGCAAGGGGCAGAUGUGAGUGCCCGGGCUUGGGCAGACUGAACACCUCGGGGGCACUGGUGACUGGGUUUGCCCCUGGAGGAGAGAUUUGGGGGCAGCUCCCCCACCCUGGGACCGGCUCGGCGGGGGGUAGAGGUUGUCCCACAAAACAGCAUUUUCUAACCUCAGAAACUUGGAGGGGGGGGUUUUGCAGAGUCUGAAGCUGUGUUUAAGGGGGGGGGGGAAGAAGAGUCAUUGAGUAUAACCCCCCCCCCGCAUCGUGUGACUCUCCCCCUGGGUGGCCAUUUUUGUAGGGCCUACCACAAACACCCCACUAACCGCCUUCCAAUUCACCCCCCACACACAAACAACUUUCGCCCCCCCCCCCCCAAGAGACAAGAUCUCAACUGCUGCCCUCCAGUUGGGGGGUGUAAGUGCGGGGGGGUGUAAGUGGGAGGGGGCAAAAUGGGGGUGGGGGAGAGAAUCUGCUCUCAGCCUGUCUUCCGCUCGCCCCUGUAUAGCUCUGUACAUAGCCACAAAGAUCUAUAGUCCUUCCCCAGCCACGAGCGCAAUAAACAAACCUUGCCAUUAAA